GGGACAGGGAAACUAAACUGGUGUAACACCAAGGACAUGGAAACACAGUCAGGGACAGGGAAACACAAUCAGCACCAGGGACAGGGAAACAAAAUCAGCACAAGGGACAGGGAAACACAAUCAGCACCAGGGACAGGGAAACACAAUCAGCACCAGGGACAGGGAUACACACUCAGCACCAGGGACAGGGAUACACACUCAGCACCAGGGACAAGGGAACACAAUCAGCACAAUGUGAUGAAAAGCGUAGUCUGGGGACAGGGAGAAAUAGUGCAAGGGACAGGGAAACACAGUCAGCACCAGGGACAGAGAAACACAGUCAGCACCAGGAACAGAGAAACACAGUCAGCACCAGGGACAGAGAAAUACAGAAGGCACCAGGGACAGAGAAACACAGUCAGCACCAGGGACAGAAACACAGUCAGCACCAGGGAUAGGCAAACACAACCAUCACAUGGGGCAGGGAAACACAGCCAUCACAUGGGACAGGGAAACACAGCCAUCACAUGGGACAGGGAAACACAGCACCAGGGACAGUGAAACUCAAGGACAGGGAACACUGUCAGCACAAGGAACAUGGUCAACACCAAUAACGGAAAAACAGCCUCCAGAGUUAUGCAAUGUGUAUACGGGCCUCUUUCAAUCUCAAAACAUUUCAAGUAUCUUGUAAUACAGGAUUUUGAAAAACAAUAAAGUCUGAAAGAAUGUG